AUGUACAAUAAUUCGAGUACUAAUAAUGGGUCUAAUGGAAACAAUGGACGGCCCUAUAGCAAUCGAAACAAUGAAAAAUCGGGUCUUUAUAACCACAACAUGGAACAACAGCUUGCAUCACAAGAAAAGAAAACCGCUCAUAGACGAACGGUUGAUCAUGGAAAUAAUAUGGGUCGCUGGUAUAUAAACAGAAGCAUGGGUCUUACUGAAUAUCCGAUUGGUAAAAUCAGACCUGAAUCCUCUUACCUUAUAGAUUUAUUACCACCUCCAGCAUAUGCAACAUCAAAUAAGAAUAACAUGGGAAUUUUGGACGUCCAAACCAAAUUUGUUCAUCUUUCCUCAAAUAAAGCGAAGCAUUCUAUCAAUACUGUCAAAUGGACACCUGAAGGAAGAAGACUAUUGGUUGCAUCUCAUAGCGGAGAAUUUACAGUGUGGAAUGGAAUGACUUUUAAUUUUGAAACUAUCAUGCAAGCUCACGACCUGGCUAUUUUAGCCUUGAAUUACUCACACAAUGAUGAGUGGCUCUUAAGUGGAGAUCAAGCUGGAACUAUCAAGUAUUGGCAGCCCAAUUUCAAUAAUGUCAAUAUAAUUAAUGGUCACACUGAUGGUAUCCGAGACAUAGCAUUUUCACCUAACGACUCUAAAUUUUUAACAUGCUCUGACGACUCCACCUUAAAAAUUUGGAAUUUUAACAACGGUAAGGAGGAGAGAAGUUUAGUCGGACACCAUUGGGAUGUAAAAUCUGCGGAUUGGCAUCCUAAUUUGGGUCUCAUAGUGUCAGGAUCCAAGGAUAAUUUGAUUAAACUAUGGGACCCCAGAACAGCAUCCUGCGUCACAACUCUUCAUGGUUUUAAACAUACUAUAACUAAGACAAGAUUUCAAUCCAGUGGUACGAAGAGAUUGUUAGCAUCAGUUUCUCGAGAUAGAUCGUGUAGAGUAUUUGAUUUGAGAACGAUGAAAGAUAUCCUUGUAUUACGAGAUCAUGAGACUGAUUUAUCUUGUGUUUCUUGGAAUCCCAUACAUCUGUCUAUGUUGACCACAGCUGCAUAUAAUGGUUCUUUGAAUCAUUACUUGUUAGACUCAUAUAUACCAGAUAAAAAUGAAAAUUCAUCUACUGAAUGCGUGCAUAAGAUUCCGUAUGCUCAUGAAAAAGCUAUUCAUGCAAUUGACUACCACCCAUUGGGACAUUUGAUGUGUACCGCAGGUGCUGAUAGAACAGCUAGAUUUUGGUCUAGAGCGAGACCAAAUGACCCAAUGUCAUUCAAGGACGCUUUGUACACUGAUCAAAAAGUUGGUGCUUGGUAUUAUGCUAUAAAUAAUAAUAUAAAUGCAGUAAUAGAACCUGCCGAGAAUAAUAAUAAUGUUGUGAAUAGAGAGGCCAACGAGAACCUGCUACUUAAUUUGCCAGGUUUAAAUAAUCUUCCUGUUGAUAACUCUAACAACUGGGGUAGCAUACCUGGUUUACGUGGUCAUUAA